AUGGGGGAAAAGCGAAAGCGAAAGCGAAAGCGAAAGCGAAAGCGAAAGCUUCCAAUCAGUAAGCAGCAGGAUCGGCUGGGCAGUGACGGCCUCCAUCCCAAUUUGCCGUGGAACGGGGGGAAGAAGAAGAAGAAGAAGAAGAAGAAGAAGAAGAAGAAAUACGGAGUAGAUACUAGACUAAUGGAAAAGAAGGAAUCAAUCGGCCGCAAAGGUGGGUGGGUGGGUGAAAGCGCUUGGGGGAUUAGCUCACGCCGGGAUCGCCCCCAGAACUCCCCGGAAGGCUAUGCAGCUUCCAUCCAUCCAUCUAUGUAUUACGGAGUAUCCGUGCCGGAAAGAUGGAAGGCGGCUGCUGCUGCUGCUGCUCAAAUGUCAAUAAAUGGAUGUUACAUGAACGAACAGCAUGGUUGGACAAUGGACUGA